AGAAGUCAGUCGUUCACAGGAUGCCAGCUCGGGAACCUACACUCACUCCGCUCUAACUUAUUCUCUGUGUUCUUCGCUAACUAACAUACUUCUUGCAAGUGUUAGUGUCGUGUGUCACUUGCAUUAUAUUCCUGGGAGUGAUUCGCGGGUAUGCAAAACUGAUGAUAAUUACCUUGCAGCCGUGAAUAAAAGACAAAGAAACACGUGCAUAGGAAGAGAAACAGUGAAUAACCAGGGAUGAAAUGGAAGUCUUAUAGUAUUCCAGAUUGCACAGAUCAUGCAAAACCAUGGUGACUUUGUAUAGGUAUCUCAUGAAUACUAUGAUAUUGUAGUGACAGAAACAUUAAACCGCCUGGAGGUCGUCCUUUCGAGCAAAACAUGGAGUGCAAGGUGUGCCUGGAGCCGUACGACCAGGCGGAGCGGCGGCCGCGGGCGCUGCCGUGCGGCCACUCCUUCUGCUCGCUGUGCAUCGGUAGCAUCUUCAGCCUGGGCUCCUUGUCGUGCCCGAAGUGCCGCGCCAGACACGCUGCCUCCGACGCCUCCAAGUUCCCUUUCGCGUACGAGCUGGAGGAGAUGAUCGCGCUUCUGAUGCAGAGCAAUCUGUGCGCCUCGGCCCCGCCGUGCGAGCAGGAUUGUGACAGCCCCGUCUGGGAGGCCAGGGAACAACAGAAGUCUUCGCUCCUCAGCAGCAUCUCCGACUGCGAGGAAAUGCUGUCUCAGCUGCACAGCUACGACGCGUCCCUCGACGACUCGCUGGCGAAGCACCAGGAGAUGGUCGACAGACUCGCGGACAUCAUCGAGCAGCACAAGAGAGCUCAGACGCGCCUGGAGAACAACAAAGAGAUGGUCUCCUACCUCGAGCAGCAGGGCCAGGACGUGAAGCAGCAGCUGAAUGCGGCGCUGGAGGCCCUGGGCGACGCCAGCACAGCCCCGGCGGUGGCGAGGGCCGUCGGCGAAGGGGACAGCUCCUCGGCGGAGGUGCUGGAAUGGAUCCGGGAGUGCCAGCAGCUGUGCCCCGACGUCGGGACCGCCGUCGAGUCCGCCAAGACCCAGGCAGGAACGACGAAGGCCCUGGAAGCAUUUACGCAAGGGAUGGAUGCUGCCUCUGCUUCCCUCUCCCCCAAGAGUCAUCUCCCCGAGGCCGAGUGGAGAUUCAGCAUCCUUGGCAUCCUGAAGGAGGCGACGGCGCUUGCACCUACAACCACGCCCAUAACCCAGCUCAUGGAGGUCGGGCAGCUGGUAGGCGUCCAGUAUGAGCAGGGGCGCCCACGAUACGCCAGGAUAACGAUGGAUAAGGAGGCCAUCUGUUUACACCAUCUGCAGGAUGAGUCACCGCCCACGCACGCCUACACUAUCCCGUACCGCAAGGUGAUGGACCACGCCAACGUGUCGUCCGGGCUGACCUUCCUCGACCUGGCGUGGCCCGACUCGCCCCCCCGACGCGUCUACAUCCGCCUCAUAACCGACAUGAACGUGGCGCUGGCGAGGCAGUUCGUCCUCAUGUGCACGGGUCACGCCGGCCCCUCGUACGCCCGCACUCGCCUCCUGAACCUGGUGGACAGCUCUUCCAAGGACGAGGUCGUGGGCGGGGACUACGAGCGCAACGACGGCAGCGGGGGCGCGGCCAUCUUGUCGGGGAUCGUGAGCAAUAAGGUGAUGCUCCCUUGCGCCGAGGGCCUGGUCAGCGGCAAGUGGCACAGCAGUGAGUCCUCCAGCACCAAGUUCGGCAUCACGACGAGGAAGCACGCGGGUUACGUGUGGGUCAGGGUGUUUGGCAGAGUGGAGAGCGGGCUGGAGGUGGUUCAGGCCGCGGCCGAGGUGGGUGAUGUUAGCCUCGUGUCUGUGGUGGAUUGCGGUGUUGUGGUGUUGCCCAGGUGACACCGAGGGUCGGAGACUCUACCAGUGCUAUUAUUAGUUACAAGGAUAUUAUGCUUGUCAGUGGCAACAAACGGCAAUGUUGCUAGUGUCAUGAAAAUGAUAGAUAAUGAAAAAAUACUUUGUUAAUUGUUUUCUGACAGGUUUAUACACGAAUGGCAGAUUUGUAUGAUGCAGAGACAUAAAUAAAGAUUAAGUAAAAGUAAUGCUAUA